AUGCAUAUUUUAGAUUUAAAAAAAGUGUUAUCAACUAAAUGCUUAAAUGAAAUUAUAACAAAUGGUGGUCCAAAAAUAAACGGAGUAAAGAUUCUUGAUUGUACCUAUUCUGUUACCCCAAAACCGAAUUGGGAAAAAUUCCAGAUGAAUGAGUUAGGUCAAUUUAAUAAACUUAUGGAAAAAUCUUCAAAACAUAAACAAGACUAUUUAACUUCUCACAUACCACAUGGAACUUUUUUUGAUUUUGAUUGUGCUAUGUUUCCUGGAAGAUAUGAAAGAUUCUCAUUUUAUCAACCAGAAUUGUUUGAAAUUUAUGCUAAAAAAUUAGGAAUUAAUAGAUAUGAACAUCUUGUUUUUUAUAGUCGUGGUCCAUAUAAUGGUGCAUUAUUUGCUGCAAAAGCAUUUAGAUUAUUUAAAUGUUAUGGUCAUGAAAAUAUGUCUAUUCUUGAUGGUGGUUUUGAUAAAUGGUGUAAAGAUGGUUUUAAAAUUGAAAGUGGUACAAAUGAUGAAAAUAAUGAAAUAGGAAAUUGGUCAGGUUCUGAUAACUUUUCAAUUAAUGUAAAAUAUUCAGAAUUAGUUAAAAAGAAUGAUGAUGAAAAAGAUAUGUUUGAAGAUUUAUCUAAAACUAUAUUUUUAGAUGCCAGAUCAGAAAAUGUUUAUAAUGGUCAAACUGAAACAGGACUUAAUCCAUAUUUUGUUGAUGGAUGUUAUAUACCCGGAACAAUAAAUCUUCCAGCUACAGAGUUUUUCAAUUCCGAUGGGACAUUUAAAGAUGAAUUAGAAAUAAAAAAUAUUUUAAAUAAAAAGAAUAUUGAUAUUGUUGAUGUAGAUGGAAAGCAAAAGAAAGAAGUUGUUACUUUUUGUAAUACUGGAACACAAGCAACAAUAUUGAAUUUUGUUCUUGAACACAUAUAUCCAAAAGUAAAAACUAGACUUUGGAAUGGAGGCCUUAAAGAAUUAGAAGUGAGAAAUCCUAAGCGUAUCUCAGGGAAAGCUGUUUAA